AAGUUCCAGAUCUGUCAGUGCGGAAGUAGAGGAACAAAACAGAGUGAGGCUGCAGCAGCGCGGAGGAGAGAAUGUCUCGUGUUGCUAAGAAAAGAAAAUUAGAUAAAACCCGUCAGGACAGACUUUACUUUGACAGCUACUCCGAUGUGACCAUCCACGAGGAGAUGAUAGCGGACCACGUCCGGACCAACACGUACCGGACUGCGAUCCUGAGGAACAGUGAGUCCAUCCGGGGGAAGGUGGUGCUGGAUGUCGGAGCAGGAACCGGCGUUUUGAGCGUCUUCUGUGCACAGGCCGGAGCUAGGAGGGUGUUCGCGGUGGAGGCCUGCUCCAUCGCUGAGCAGGCGGUGAGGAUAGUCCGACACAACAACCUGCAGGACCGGAUAGAGGUGAUCCGGGGCACGGUGGAGACGGUGGACCUCCCGGAGUCGGUGGACGUGAUAGUGAGUGAGUGGAUGGGGUACGCCCUCUUGCACGAGUCCAUGCUCAACUCGGUCCUGUACGCGCGCGACAAGUGGCUGAAGCCGGGCGGCCUCAUCCUGCCGAGCAGAGCCGAGCUCUACAUCACACCUGUCAGUGACCCGGUGGUGGAGGACCGGCUGCACUUCUGGUACACCGUCAAAGACCAGUACGGCGUCGACAUGUCCUGCAUGUCCGACUUCGCCCGGAGGUGUAUCAUGAACUCCGACAUCACGGUGAACUCGGUGUCGGUGGAGGACGUGCUGUCGCACCCGGCCCGCUUCGCCGAGCUCGACCUGUACUCGGUGACCGCGGAGGAGCUGCGCUCGGUGAAGGGCCAGUUCAGGUGCGAAUCGUUCGGCUCGGCGGCGGUGAACGCUCUCUGUGUUUACUUCACGGUCACUUUCCCCUGCCCGGACAAGCCGCAGCCGCUCGUGCUCUCUACGUCCCCGUUCAAACCAGAGACGCACUGGAAGCAGGCGGUGCUGUACCUGGACGCCCCGGUGGACGUGGUGCAGGACACGGUGGUUAGCGGAGAGGUCAGCAUGUAUCCGUCUGAGGACAGCGCCAGACAUAUAUGUAUCCACGUGGACUACACAAUAGGAGAGCAGAAGAGACAGUCCAAGACCUUCUCCAUCCCGGACUGGAGCUCAGAGGCUCAGCCCUGAUGUGAGCAGACUCUGUAACAUCACCUGUCACUGAUCUCACCAUACCGUCUCAGUGUGGACUCACUGUACAGCAGAGACUCUUCAGACCAGUCAGGGAAAUUAUUAACACUCUCAGUUUAACAUUUAGUGCAUUUCUCUGAGCAGGACUACAGUUCUGGUUGUUUUCACACCUGAACAUCUCCUCUAUGCAUUGAUGGAAACCUCACUGCAGCAGACGGACGUGUUUAGAAAGCCAGUCUGAUGUGUUUGUGUUACUUAUUUCGUGUCAGAACGUUGCAGUGGCGUUGAGGCAGAACAUUUCUGUAUUCCUGUCACAGUGGAAACAGCAUCUGAACCAGAGUUUAAGCUUCACAGGAGACUGAAACUCUCCCGACAGUCAGACUGGAGGAGUAGCUGUAGGUGGGUGUGGAGCUCCUUAAAGCAGAGUGAGGCAGGUUUCAUUACAAAGCUGUUGAAUAAAUUCAAGGCCACGCUGCAGACAUCUGAUAUUCUAAUAAAUUCAAUCAUGCAUAUUGUGUGGAAUCUGAUCAAAAAGCUGCAUUCAGAUGAGGAUGGGCCGAUAUAUUGACUUGGACUGGACUGUGGUCAGGGAGGAGGCUGCGUCGGACAGGAGGUGCUCCACUCUGGCUGCUUCUCAGUUACUUUUUAAUGAAGGAACAAAUUGGCUCAUUGUUUUGGUUUAAAACCAGCACACACUGUCGUCUGUUGACACAAACUACCAACUUAAUUAAAACUUACUAUUCCUCUUCAGCGUUGUGCAGCGCAGCAGAGGUUGUAUUGUUUCCUCUCAGCCACUGUGGGCACAGCUUCACUGGGUCUGAGGCAGCGAGCUGAGGAGUCAUCCUGUAGUUUUUAUCAUUUUAACAGGCUGCAGCAGCCAGGGAUAAAUCUUAUUUUCUAAAAGUUAAUAGUUUGAUGUAAUUGAUUGGUGAUAAUGUGAUGGUAUGUGGUCACUGAUUCAGAGUCAGUUCACAGUGAGUGUUUGGAUGUGUCUGUUACAGCUGAUGUUACAGAGAUGGAGUGUCCUCUGUGUGUAAAAGAGAAAUUGUUUGUUUGUGUUCAUUGCUGAACAAAUAGGUCAUAAUAAAUGUUUGAAUAUU